AUGUGUAUUGUUGGUUGCUGCAGUAAAAAUGGAAACAAGGAUGGAAAAGAUAAUUGCAAAGCACCAGUUCUCGAAAAAAGACUCAAAAAAGCUUGUGAAGUUCGAAUUAACAAGAAAUCUAAACAAGUAUGCAAAUCUUAUAAGCCUUUUGAGUAUGAUAUUAAGUAUAUAGAACACUUACUCCCCAACAAUAAUCUUAUAAUAUUUUUUGCUGUCACCUUGGAGACUUUUUAUAUAAAACAGUGCAAAAACAUUUUGCAAAAAACCAUUUUAUUUUUUAAUCUUGAGGUGGUGGACUUUUUGAGAAGGCAAAAUAUUAGCGAAACCUCUUUACCACAACAAUGUCAAGCCUAUUUGAAAUGUCUUAUGAAGCCCAAGAACUAA